AUGCAACACCUAGAACUAUUAAAAAUACUCCUAUUAUAUUGCAUUCCUAUUCUGAAUGACAGGAAGAGGGAUUAAAUAGUAAAACAUUCAACUCCUUUGUCAAACAUAAACACGUAAAAUUCUUAAUACUACCCUUCCAUUAUUGAAAUACCAUUCUAAGCAGAAUACUGAGAUUAAUACAGAGGUGUAGUGAUCAUUUGCCCAUUUUGAAAGGGAUAUAAGAGUGGAUAUUGAGUAUUUAUAAAUCUCUGAUGGAGUUAGUAAAAUAAGAAUAAUCUCAUUUAACAACUUACAAGAACAAUUGGAUUCAUAAUCUCCUUUAAAACAAAGUGAAAUUUAGGGGAAUCAAAAUUCUUUGUAGAUAAGCAACCUUGAUG